AUGCCCUUCUCGUCCUCCUCUGCCGCCCCCGAGGGCUCUACCACUCCACUUGCGGAUUACUUCUGGAUUGCCGGUGUUGAUGGCACGGAGAUUCUAGAGACCUUCCAGCGACUCGGAGACGAAUACCGAGCCAACAGCGCGACCUCCCCCGGCCCCGCCCUGACCGAUACCAUUGAGGAAGAUGCCGAUGCCGAAGCCGAAGACGCUCAUGACCCUCGUCUCGAUGGACUCUCGCGACCCAACUCCGUCGUCGUCAACCGCAAUUCCGUCCAGAGAUUUUCGAUGCGCUCCGGAGACUCAGAUCCUAACGGGAAUGGCUCCAGCAGCAACCGCAGCAGUCUGACCAUCAAGGGCGCUCAGUCGCCCCGGGGCUCUUCGUUCCUCGAGGAUUUCGACUUCGAUAAGGCAUUGCUGAAGUUCGCGUCCGAACGGGAGUCUUUCCUGUCGGACCUGAGCCUGAGUGCGGGCGCUAUCACGCCCCAAUCGCGGCCUCGGUCCCGGUUACGGACUCAGAAGAUUGUCUCGGAGGAAACCUCUCAGCCCGCCAGCUUGCUACGAUCCGGUAUCGGUAGCGUACGGCGACACAUGGCCUUCCGUGAUAUGAACAGUAUGAAGCGACAGCCGUCGAUUGCCCGUCAAGCUUCCAUCCGCACCUCGAGGCGUCUCAGCAAUUACAAUUCGGUGAUCCCCGUCCCACAGCCUUUGGAGAUCUCCCCCAGCAUGCAUCCCUUGAAACGGAGAUUCGAGCCUGUUCUGCUUGACCGGUACCCAACCCGGGGCAUGACCGAGGAGCUGAAACAGCGAGGCAACUUCCCGGACUACGUCCCCAUGUUCGCCUUUCCCAACGACAUCAACAUUGUCUCUUCCGAUCAGAGACCCCGGUCUACCUGGCACGGGUUUGCCAUGACCACCGAUAACGGAUCGCGGCUGCACGCCAUUUGCCUCAUUAUCUGGAUUCCCCUGAACCAGCGAGCUGCCGAGGAGCUCGAGAAGCGCUGUGAAGAAUGGCGCAAAGACAACAUGACCGAUGAAGAACGAGAGCUGGCCGCCAGUCUGGGCGAACGGCUAGCCUCUGAGCGUGCGAAACUGUCUCGCCUUCUGGCGCAGCUCCCGACUGUUCCGUCAGGCUCCGACCAAAGAGAACAGUUAGAAGACGAAAUCAGCGCGGUGGAAGAGAAGAUCGGUCUGAUGACCGACCUUUUGCGACCCGUACGUCACGGUGCAGCCUCCAAGAUUGAAGGGCUGACGGAUGGCGACACCGGCUUCUGGAUUCCCCGUGCCUACGGUAUCCUGGGACGCGAGGAGAACAUGACCAGUUUCUGGAAGGAAUGGCUGAAAGCUGUCGUGGUUCCCAUGACCGACGGCGGUGUACAGAGAAUCCCGCCCAGCUCCCCGCGAAUGGGCGUUUGGCAACCAUUAGAGCGAUAUGUGAUGAAUCUGUGUACUGAGGCCUUCAGCCCCAACUCCUCCAAGACCCAGGUCGAGCUGGCCGUUCGAGAACUACGUCUCUUUGCCCGCAAGGAAGCCGCCAAUGAGCUGCCAGGCUCUCGAAACACCGACCUCUAUGCUCUGUUCCGGACCUUGUCGCUGUCGAACAUUGUUAUCCUGUUUGAGUAUGCCUUGACAGAAUCGCGAAUCAUCUUCCUGUCGUCGCACACCUCGAUGCUCUAUCUCGCCACAAGGGCCCUGGUGGACCUGUUGUUCCCAAUUACAUGGACAGGCGUUCUAAUUCCGGUGCUCCCUGCACGACUGAUCCAAGCCCUUGAGGCCCCCUGUCCUUACAUUGUGGGUAUCGAGCGCCGCUAUGAGAAGGUCGAGCUUCCAUCGGAUGAUUUCGUACUGGUGGACCUCGAUGCCGACUUGAUCGAGAGCACAGUCCGUCCGACUCCCCUCCCCCGCCACCAGCGCAGAAAACUGCUUUCGUUGCUGCAGCUUGCAGCGCCGCAUCACAGUCGGUGCGGGGUGCCCACCGGUCCUCCUGCGUAUGCAGUGGAGUCCUUCCCAUUCGAUGCAUUCAUGUCGGAAAAUGGCUCGAUCUUCAGUUCCAAGGCACAGUCCACCCAGCUAGCCAACAGUCGGUUGCCCCGAAUAGCUUCCAGCCCCUCAUCUUCAACGCAUACCUGCAUGCUCGCUAUGAGCAGGCUGUAUCCCGGGGGUACUCUUCCAAAGGAAUGGAUCGUCCCAGGAACCGGUUCAACCUCCUCGAAGACUGGGUCUCCCCCUUCUCCCCGGGACAGUUCGCCUACGUCCGGCCACUUCCCUCCAUUCCCUUCGACUCCCGGCUCGCGGAACGAUUCAGGCAUGGCUCUCCAGGCAUCUUUGCGUGAAAAGCGGUCUGGUCACUUCGACGCGGCGUCGCGCAGAAGCUCCUCAUUCGGCAUGGAUAUGAGAGGUGUCCCGCGGCGGCCGAGUGCUCCGUUCCUGGGCCACGCUCCCAACCUCUCCGUGACCACCUUGAACACGGAGCAUAACUCGGGGUCGACGUAUGCUCCUUCUGUGUAUGCCCAAUCCACGGUGGCCGCUUCGACCAUCGUACCGCAGGCGACCGCACAACCCAUCCAUAAUGCUGAGGGCACCUGUUGGGUGGAAGGCCAUUGCCUGCAGGUCCAACCGUGGGAUGAAAAGGCAGUGUGCAUGAUUUGCGACGACCGAGCUGAGGAUGGCAUGUACAAGUGCACUGCGUGCAAGACUGUGGUGCACAAUCGUUGUGCUCUUCAGAUCUGUCUGGUCUGUCCUGCUGCAUUCUUCCCUGAGCAGGUCCGAGCCGCGUUCGUUCGAUGCUUUGCUAGUCUGUUCUAUACGUACAAGAAGUUCCUUCAGCCUGCCUCAGGCGACAAGAAGAAGGCGGGUCUUACUUACAGUUUCAAUAUGGAGGCGUUCCUGAAAAGCCUUCCCGGCGAGCACGCAGAGUACAUUGCUGUCUUGCAGCAGACCCAAGGCUUCAACGAGUUUAUCAGUGAACGGGAAAGAGUCAACCCGAAGAAGAAGGACCCAAGAAUGGCGCUGUUCGAUGAGAUUGUUCUGUCGAAACGCAAUCGGGGCCGAUCCUCCAUCUUCUCUGGCCGAUCGAUGACUGACUUCCUGUCCGACACAUCCAAUCAUCUUUGGAGGACCGCAAGCGCUACAUCAUUUGCCACCAGCCGGAGUCAGCAGAACCUCUCUGGGGAUUAUACCCGCAUAGUCUCCCGAGCGCCCGCAAAACUGGACACCAGUCUGAUGAAAGAACCCCGCAUGAUUCACGGAGCGCCUCGGGUGUCGAAGACGGCAAACAAUGCUCGGCGAAAGCCGCUCCCUAAGAUGAUGAAUGGGCUAGCCAUUUCGCCGCCCUAA